AUGAAUUUGGCCGCGCUCUUUGUUCUCCUUGCCGACGUCAUCGCCGUCAACAAGGUCGCCGCCGGUGACCUCGGGUUGCCGCUGGAAAACAAGAACCACACCUGCCACGGUCCCAAGGACUGCGAUAUCAAGUGCGAGAACGGCACAUAUUAUCGUCACCGGAACCCGGGCACGGACAUUGAAACGCUUCGCUGCAAGGGUGCCAAUCUCGACUACACCUACUGGCAAGGCCAAUGUCGCCGGGAGCUAGGCGGCCAGGGCGUCUUGGUUGCUCGCAAUGAAAAGGCCUGCAGACUCGUCGGCGGCCUCUUGUGCGCCCCCAGGAUCAGGAAUCAGGUCAAAAAAAGCACCUGGUACCGCUGUAUCUUUGAUCCCGUCGACUUCGAGGAGUGGAGGAUGUACUGCCUGGAGGACGGUUACCACGCCGCGACCGCCAUAAUGCUCAAGGACGUUCCCUUCACCUGCCACCCGGACUACCUCCCUUGA